AUGACCAGAAGAAACCACUCUUCACCGACCGAGUUCAUCCUGUUGGGAUUAGCAGACACGAUGGAGCUACAGAUUGUCCUCUUUUUGCUUUUUCUGGUGAUUUACACACUUACAGUUCUGGGGAAUGUUGGGAUGAUCCUCUUAAUCAGGAUUGAUUCCCGACUUCACACACCCAUGUAUUUCUUCCUGGCUAACCUGUCCUUUGUGGAUGUUAGUUACUCCUCCACCAUCACCCCUAAGAUGCUGGUGGACAUGUUAUCAGAGGAGAAAAUCAUCUCCUUUGCUGGCUGCUUUCUGCAACUCUACUUUUUCAUCGCCUUGGCCACAACUGAGUGCAUCCUUUUCGGGUUAAUGGCUUAUGACCGUUAUGCGGCCAUAUGCAACCCUCUACUUUACUCCCUGGUCAUGUCCAGGACUGUCUGCCUCAAAAUGGCAGCAGGGGCUUUUACAGCAGGAUUCUUGAACUCCAUGGUUAACACAAGUUAUGUGAGCAGCUUGUCAUUCUGCCGGUCCAAUGUCAUUCAUCAUUUCUUCUGUGACAGCCCUCCACUUUUUAGGCUCUCAUGUUCAGACACACACCUGAAUGAAAGCAUCUUUUCUACAUUUGCUGGUGUGAAUAUGGUUGGGGCUUUGCUGGUCAUCCUCACCUCCUAUUCCUACGUUCUCUUUUCUAUCUUCCAUAUGCAUUCAGGGGAGGGGAGGCGCAAAGCCCUCUCAACCUGUGGGUCCCACCUGACAGCUAUAACUCUGUUCUAUGCCACUGCCAUCUAUACCUAUCUGAGACCUAGUUCCAGCUACUCCCUGGAUCAGGACAAAGUGGCUUCUGUGUUCUACACGGUGGUGAUCCCCAUGCUGAAUCCUCUGAUCUACAGCCUCAGGAAUAAGGAAGUAAAGAAAGCUUUAUGGAAUGUAACUACCAGGACAAGGUUCCUUUCCUUUCUCUGA